AUGAAAUCAUCUUUGCAAGCGCGGAAGUUGCGCUUGGCCUGCGACACUUGCCAUCAAGCAAAGACUCGUUGUUCCGGUGGUAUGCCUUGCACGACUUGUCAGAACUCUCGAUACGAAUGCGUGUACAGCAUCUCCAAUCAGCUCGGAAGACCUAAAGGCACUACCAAAAAUCGCAGGGAAAAUAAUGGUAGGGAGGCCUUUACAAAUCAUAAUGCGACUCAACAACAACGAACGCCACCGCAUUCGUCCUCUACGACUACGGCAACCACCACUCCUAGCACCGCCAACUUUAACAACGCCAGCAUCUUCAAAGAUCUCACAGCUUUUGACAAUAUGCUGCUCGAUGCGUCGGUCGAGUCCGUUCCGGGAAUGUUUUUCGCCAACGGAAAGGGCUAUCCGGACUCCAUGGGUCUUGAUCUAAUCUCUAGUAUCGCUCUCAGCCCGGAUAGAAAUGAUCUAAACGCGAAGGCGACAAAUAAAGCUGCAUGUCCCACUGGAAAGUCAUCGAGCAUCUCUUUGACGGACGAUGUAAUGGAUACCGUUACUGAGGACACACAAUUUUACUCACCGGACACGUUUGAUUUCAGCGCUCAUCCUGUGUCCUCUUUUUAUCAUGCUGGAACUCACAGUGCAAACAAUUCUCUUUCCGGGGACAGACCAAUGACGACAAGAGAAGAUCCCUAUCAGAAUCAACUACAGACACUAGGCACUUCACUGCCGCAGACGAAUGCCUGCAAUUGCGUGAAGGACCACGCCGAUUUACUAUGCCGCCUAGGCGAAUUGGAGAAUAGCAAUGGCUCCUUAUCAGUUGACGUGACCCUGAUGUGCGUUCAACAGGCCCUCGGCCCCUGGAAGGAGCUGUCACAGUGCAGAAUUUGCGAGAAUGAUGAUGACCAAGGUGUACUCAUACUUUCUGCUAUGACUAUCCGCGCGGUGCUUCGCCGUCUCCAGCGCCUCUGUGCUGCAAUUGUGCGGUCCGAUGAGGAGCCCUCUCACAACGACACUAAUGUUUUGCUAGGCCUCUCGGAUGGCGGUCGGCUCGUGAUGGGAAAAUACGAAGUCCCUUUUGGAGAGCAAAUUGUAGUGACAUACUUGCUCAUCUCCUACAGUCUUGCCAAGAUUCGAUUUGCUAUUUUGUCACUGAAAUCCAAGCUCGAACACGCCCCGGCUGGCGCGAAGGAAAAUUCUGAGAGAAAUAAUCAGGUCAAGAAUACUUACGGUGGUAACAAGGCUGCUGGUAAUGCCGGAAGAGUCUCUUCGUCUUCAAUUCCAAGCAUCGCUCCAUCGAGUGAAGACACUGGCUGCAUGCAUGUAAUGAUACGAGGCCUGGAUGCCACCGUUGAAGCAGUAGGGAAAGCUCUACAAAAAGCAAAUAUUUCUUUGGUAGAGAAUGCCGGGCAUAUUUCCUGA